CGAGAAGUUGAAGGACCAAGGGAAGGAUGGUCCCUACAAAUAUUUUCAUCGCAUUCAUCUUAUUGGAGACCACCGUCAGUUCGAGAGAGCUGAACCAGAGCGUCGAUGCUAUAGAAAUCACUGGACAAACCAGAAGCUAUGUGUCUGGUCCAAUCUCUGGAAAUUUUUUACUUUCACGGCACGACACGAUUCAGUUAUAUGCUGGAGAAUUACCCCCAUUACCCAACGGAUCCACCAGUGAAAUCAGAAUCCGGAAAUGGGCCAUAUGGGACGGUGGAGAAUCUGAGAUCGACAGCUUAUGUGCUUUACAUAGAAUUUAUGAUUAUGGCAGGAUAGCGGUAUUUCUGUGUCCGAAUCCUGGGACUCACGUAGCACUUGUGAUGGAUAGUAGUGUCAGUAGCCGUUUCGACAUUGAUACCCCACCAGUCAGAGAUGGAUCGGCAGACGAGUUCACAAAAAUUUGGUAUCAAAAAAUCGACCUGGAGCACUUUAUCGUCAAACCUAUUGUCGGGAUCGACGAAUUCAACGUAGUUAACGCAUAUGGAUUUCAAGACUUCUACCCUAACGUGGUUUUAUCUGAUCCAUUUGAAAUUAUCCCAUCCGAAUUUUGCUAUUACUGGAAUUAUCGACUUACGGAGAAAGCUAGAGUGGGCUUCCUGUUUAGAGAAUCGGAUCACUUGGUCGGCACAGCACAAGGUUCAACAUAUAUAUUAAUGGAUUUAGAAAUAUGGGUUGGGGAGCCGGUUGCACUGAUAGAAAGUGAACGAAAGAGUUACAAAUCGACUCUUCAACCUGUGUCGAUUUCAAGCUAUUCGAAAACUGUCACAACAAAAUUUGAUGCAAAAGGACUUUUCCCUUGUCUACGCCGUGUGCAUCCGAGCGUUGAAAUUGGGGAUAUUAAAUUUUGGGAAAAGACUCAAGUCUUGGACAGUCCCCAUUGGAAAGUUGAGAUCAAAAUCCAUACAAACACGUUGAUUUCACAACUUACUGAUGUGUCUUGGACGAUAUCUUCGAGACAACAUAUUGCUUUGUUUCAUUGCUUUGUUGGGGACGUUCGAGUUUUUGUGAAUGUUCAAGAUUUUGGAUUUGUCCCAGAAGGCCUAUCUGAUCGCACAUCCGUCCAGUGGGAAAGAAGCUCUGUUGCGAAAACAAUCUUCGACUAUUUGAAACUUAAAAUCAAACACGUGUACGGACAUCCGACGGCAUACGUGGGCCAAUCUAGUAAUCGCAAGUAUCAGCCAGGGCACCUUAGAACGGAUUUGGUAGUCGUCAACAAUCCAUGUGUCGCUCAAGAGUUUGCAAUUGCUACUUCUGGACGUGUAUACGUUGUUGAGGAGUUUUUAACAGAUUUCUUUAGGAAUGUUCAUAGCGUCAUUCUCCCUGGAUUUGGAAAUAUUGACGCAGAAGGGAAAUUUAAAGAGGUAGGACCAGAGUCAAAUAAAACAGUAGUUGAAGAUAUCGAAGAAAGUAUCCGAAGGCACAAGACUUUUUUGAAAAUUGCUGAUUUUGCCAUCACCCCAACGCAUAUUGCAUUAUUGAUGGACGAUUCGACUAUAUACCUUCAUUCUCGGUCAGCAUAUUACAAAGGACUGGCGUAUAUUUCCUCCACAAAAAAAGACAGGAUUGCAACCCUUGUAAAACGACGGUGGUGUGGAGUAACAAACUUUCCUAAAACUGAUAACAUGAUUAUUCCUGCCUAUUCCCCAAAAGGAAAUAUCAUUAUCCUUCAAAUUUAUCCAGUCGAAACUCUUGCAACGGUACUUCCUAUCCCUUCGUCGAGUUGCUUAGGCAAGGACGCUGAUUUUUUUGAAAAAUCUGUCGACGAGACUCGCAAAACGAUCAAUGAAUCAUGUAUUCACCGAGACGAUGCAAUUUCUCGGAGUGAUGAAAGGGGCUUGCCAGAUAAACCUGACUUAACAGCAUGUGAAGGAAGUGAUAACAAUUUGCCAAUCAAUACUUCAUAUGUUUAUGGCGUGGACCCUUCUUCAAAAAAGAGCUUUCUUCUAAAUCAAGGAAAAAUGUUUUCGGGUUCCGAUCCCCACUACCCAUCAGAUCUUAGAAAUAUCGCCAUGUAUAAAACUAACGACGACAAUGAAGCUAUGAAAUCCCACAAUAAAGCAUUCACAUUUCACGUUGAUAGUCCUGACGGUAGCCCAAUAUUAUCAGAGACUUUGUUGAAAAAUGGAUUACGUUUGAUUGACAAUGAAAUCAACUUGCACAGCAUGGAUUUCACACCACUUAAAAACCACUACUUGAUUGGGGUUCAAUUCUUUUCCAGAGAAUUUAAUAACAUUGGCCUCAAAUCAAUCAUGAUUACAACUUUAUUAACCAGAAACAUGCCUUCUCAGAUAUUCCCCGUUUCAGAUGAAAUAGAGGAAACGCUCGACGUAGCAAUUUCUUUCCCUGGCGUGGUGUUAGCUAGAAAAAGUUUAUACAAAAUACGAAAUAUGGUCGAUGAAAAAAGUAACAACAGCAAUGAUGAUAAUACAAUGCCAUACGUAACAAAAAUUUUUCCCAUUAAUAAUGCGGUUCCGUCAUAUGUCGUUGAUUUGGGGAAUGUAUUCGUCUUUUCUUCUGUGGAAAGCAAAUACGCCAGACCUUUAUCAUUUUUUAGCCGUGAGUACAUUCGUGAACUUCAGGGAAUAAUUAAGUUGGAGCUAUCAAAUUCUUCUCGAACUGUUCUAGAAGGUUCUGAAAGGAACCCAGUCUUCAAUUUUGCGACGACGAGAUCAAAUCUUUUCGACAUUGUCGUUACUGAACAUGGGAUCAUAUCCGUAUUGAAACGUCGACCAAUGGCAAACCGCAACGAAACUGAUGCCCAAACCGUCUUUUUAGGAUCUAUUAUAACCCAAGACGCUCUGAGAGAAGUUCGACCGUUUGCUACCAAAGAUCAGAUUUUUCAACUAGCAACGCCAGAUGGUGAAAUUGUAUAUGGCAAGUUCAAGACACAAUAUCUUUACCCAGCAUGUGAACAAAGUUGGAUAGAUGAAAUAGCAAAGACCGGCAACUUCAGUGUAGUGCAAACGACUUGUUUAAUGCCGCAUAAUGACGCCAAUUUACCCCCCUAUUGCGUUUCGAAACCACUGAAUGAUAACUGCAUUCCUUGGAUAUAUUUGGACGACAAGGCUCAAACAAAAACCGGAGACCCAAGUGUUGAUAAAGUUGUUAUUGGAAAAUGCGAAACCUUUAAUCAUAAAUCACCAGGCAAGCCGCCAAAAACGCCACAAUCGUGCAUUGCUCCUGUAAUUAAAUCAGAAAAUGAAGAAGAAUUGCCACCAGAUAAUUCUCCAAACAGCGAAAUCGUUUCUGCCGAGAUCCUUAAUGUUCCGUUCCACAGUGUCAUAAUUGGCAGUCUACAGUCAAUUGAGGAAGACAAUACAGAUGACCUCUUGGACUCUGACAGUUCUAGAGAUGCUACAAGAAAAUUAUGUCCGUUUUCGUCAUUUGACAUUGAUUACCAACAUUUCGAAUAUGCUGAAGUUGGUUUCAAAACUAGGGUAACAGCUCAAAUUUCAUAUCGUGGAAAGCUUACCCCCUCAGAAGCGGAGCUUAUAGUUGAGUAUGAAAAUAUACCAGGCGUUGAGGUGGAGAUAAAUUCUUCUGAUGUGCAAGAAAACGAUCAGACUACCGUUAUCAAAACUAUUGACAUAACCUUUCGCCUUGCAAAUAUUAAUAUGUAUAAUAUGCGAAAGAAAAAAUUAAAAACGCACACACGAGAGCAGAUAAAUCUGGCAAAGGAAAAUACUGACAUCUUUAGCCUGACAAUACGUCCCAGCAUUGUAAAUCUUCGAUGCAACAAGGAAGAAUUUUUCGCUACACUCCAAUUUACAACGGGAUGCAAUCCAUUCAACAAAAUGCGAUUUAUUGCUGAGGUUUCACCCGUUAAACGUCAUGCAAUAAAAUAUCCUGGCGAUGAAGAUUACAAUGAGGAGGUGGGUUUUAGGAGGGUCGAUGAUUACCUUGAGGUUAACAGGGAUGAUGUGUGGCAUAAACAACGCGAGCGUUUUAAAUGCGAAAGAAGGGAAGUCGCAAAGUGUCAGAUCCCAUUCGCCUAUUUAUACGAAGAUAAUGUUUUUGAUAUAUCAUGGCGCGAUCCAUUUGUUCCCCAGUUUGAACAAUUUUUGCGGUCACAUUCACGGGAAAUAACAGGAAAUAUUGUAAUGUACGAUCUCUUUGGGUUUGAUAUUGUAAUGAACACCACGAAUCUUGACGCUGGAUGUUUUCAUACGGCAGCCGACUGGUACAACACAUUGCUACAGUCAGUGAAAAGUAUUGGGUUGGACACCUCCGAACAGGAAGAUAUAUAUCAUUAUUACAUUGACUGCUUCGAUCAUUCGAUACUGCAAAGGAAUAAACCAAAAGUGCUAGCUUCGUCAGAAUAUCGCCUGAUAAAUGCUACAAACCAUAAUCGCCUUAGAUUUGACAUUGCAGAUGCCAGCAAUAGUUUCAGACGUACCAAGAACAGAAAUCAAUUCCUACUCUUUCGAGCAGUUGUUAUCAAUACUGGAUUUAACAGAUUUACAUAUUGCAAGUUGAUGGAUACAUUUUUCUUGGUUCGGAUCGUGGGAAUGCAAGCCCCUAGAAAAGGACUUUCUACCUUAGCCUAUGGGGGUAUCGUUUUAGGCCUGGUAGUUUUUCUGGGGAUUGUCUACUGUGUUUUUGCAUAUUGCUACACUUGGAAACUUGAUGUUGCUAAUUUGGACACGAACCCGGAUGACGAGCUUUUAGAUGACGACAAUGAUUUUGAAUACCAGGAGGAUAGGAAAUUUGCAAAGGAGGUGAAGGAUCAACAUCGAUGGAAGUCCGCAGUCACCAAAAUUCAAGCUGUUUCCAGAAUCGGGAAACACAAGGGACGCCGAAAAAAUAAAAAGUAGUUCUUCAGAGUUGCAGUGUUCACUUGGGUGUUAUUUAUAUUGAAUACUUAUAUUACAUACAUAUGGUUCUAGAUAUAUUAUGUCUACUUUAUUUUUUCGGUUCAAUUAUAAAUCAUAAUUGUCACAUAAUUGUCACAUAAUGCUUUUUAAUAAAAUUAUUUUUUUUACUAA